AAAUAACUAGUUCAUAGAUAGCGACACGGAGUCAUAGAACAUAUUACAUUAAGAAAGCUUUUGAUUUAUAUUCAACAUAUUAUAUACUAAGGCAUAACAUGUCAUUUCAAUUAAGGAGAAAUUGAUUGGUAAAGGUAUCAGCACUGCAGCAUUUAUACGUUUCUAGGGAACGACCUGAAGCUAUGCUUCAUCACCAAAACCAGUUGUACCUUGCCAGAACUGAAUCCUGUUGGUGGGGGGAAGACAUGUUGAAACCCCCGGCAGAGGGUCCAGGCGGAUCCGUGUUGGAAGGGAAGGCCGUCUCGCUGGAGGGAGAUCCCUGGUCCGUCGAGGGGCAGGCCGGUCGGUCGUCUGCAGGGGUCUGGAGACGACAGAUCACCAUGCACCACCUCAAGAUCAAGACGGAGAGACCUGAUCAAGAGGGGAGUGUUGCUCGCAGUCGUUUGGAUGCCGUCUUGCAGGUUCUGGUUGAAAAGAAUGACACUGAGAGUGAGCAGAACGAAGACGAUGCUGGGAAGAUGACAGCAGACUCUCUCAAGGACUUGUCUCCUUUGUCUGCUGGAAAACGAUCAUCGUCUCGGUUCCCUCAGCAUCGACGGAAGAAGAGAAAGGAAAUGGAGGAUGGCCUACCAGAGAGCAAUCAGCUCAAACAGAACACGUACGUCAUCAAGCUGUUUGACCGCAGCGUGGACCUGGCCCAGUUCAACACCAGCAGCCCGCUCUAUCCCAUCUGCCGCGCCUGGAUGAGGAACAACCCCGCCGCCCCGGAGCAGCCAGCGUCCCCGGGCCCCCCGGAGCCCCUCGGGGGGGGGGAGGAGAUAACCGACAUGCUGAACGGGAAGCCCCAGGGUGUGUACAGCCUCCCUCCGCCCACCCCCUGCCCCGUCAGCCUGUCGGGACAACCCCUGAACCUCAGGGUCCCGGCCACGGAGAAGCCCACCGUAUCCAAGCUGGCCGUGGAUCAGUUUCCUGUUCCCGGCGCCCUCCUUUGUGACCACAUGGAACGAUGGAAAAAGAUACGACAAAAGUGGAAGGAAUCCUCCAACCGAAACCAGAUGAGAUACAGCGAGAGCAUCAAGAUCCUCAAGGAGAUGAAGGAGAUGUACGAUCAAUGAGUGUGAUUGUACAUCUCAACCACUAGGGGGCGACAACAGACGGAGACGGAGUAAUGGGAUAUUAGUCCACCAUGAAUCACAGCCACAAGGCAGCUGCCGUGGCUUCUAGAAGAUUGACCAGUAUAUUUCGAGCCUUCAGCCUUAAAGAGCUGAUAUUGGAUUUGGCCCUUGGGAGAAAUGGGUGUUCCCAUUGAGCUGAGAUUGUUUUGCUGUAUAAGAUAUAUUGGAUAGUAUGUGCUGUGGUUAGUGACCAAGUAGAUCCAACUAAUUUCAAUAUAUUUCCCCAGAAACAUUGAUGAUCACCCCUGCUACAUCCAGGUGCUAAACCACUCCCAUGAGAAAAUAAUUAUCAUGGGCUUGAAAUACAAAUAACAUGCAAACUAGCAAUGGGGACUAAUGCCGAGGUCAAGGAAUAGCAUGUUUUAGUUGUGCUCGUUAACGUAUAUUUAAACAGAAAAACUACGUAUGGGCUGCUGCUCGAUGCUUUUUGUAUUUUUACAUGAAUUAAAAAUAAAUGUUUACAAAUAUUCUGUUCAUUGCCACGCCUUUCAAGUGGAGGAUGUUCUUAAAAUAUGGCGGAAAUGAAACACUAGAUGUAGUUAGCAUCAUUUGCAAGAUAAUUUCCCACUCUAUAAUAUACAGUAUUCUACACUGAGACCGAUCGCAUUGACUCAGCCCCGAAGAGCUGCUUCAGAGCCCAUCCUAGUAGACUGGGUUCAGACAGAGCCCAUCCUAGUAGACUUGGCUUUAGUAGGUUCUUGUUGGUCAUAUAUCUAAAGGUGAAAUAUUAUACCAUCAGGUUUGAGUGUGAUUAGCUGUUCGGUUUUUGAAAAUCUGCCUCUUCUGACAUCAGUAGUGUGCGUGUCUCCCUAGAUGUAUGACGGAUAUAUGAGCAACGUUUGCUCCAGUCCACUGGUUAGGCUGGUAGACUGAUCUAUCCAGCAUACAUCUAGGUGGACACGCCCACUUGUGAUGUCAGAAUAGGCAGAUUUCCAAAAUGGCUUGUAACGGCUAAUCGCACUCACCUUUAUUAGGACAAGUGCUGAAUUAAAAGGGCACACUGGAGUAUAAAUGGCAGAUGGAGUCGUUGCGUAUAUCAUGUCCCAAAUUAACCCUAAAAGUCCACCGUUUCCAUUCAUCCGAAUGAGAACAGUCCUGGGGUCUCAUUUAUAAAACUGUGCGUGGGAUCGUUACUAAAAAUGUGCGUACGCCCAGAAGCCAAGUUUUGCGUGCGCCAAAAAAUAUUCGGA